AUGGCUCGGGGAGGUGCCGUACUAGAUCCUACCAGUCGUAUUUCCGCACCAGCCCCGCCCAUCUCCCCUGGGCGGUCACAUGGGCCGGCCAUCCUCAUUCAUCGCGAGACUCCCGCUGACAGCAGGAGGCCGGCUCCGCACACACCGGAGGAGGGUAAGGGGUGUGAAGGGAGCAAGGAGUCGGUCCAGACAAUCACUAUUCCUAAAGCAACCAGCCUCGGCCUCAGCCUCAUUGGAGGUAACAGCAGAACUGAGGAAGCACUAAUCCACAUUAAGGACAUAAUCCCGGGUGGAGACUGUCACAAGGAUGGACGACUGCGGCCCGGAGACCAGCUUGUUUCUGUGAAUAAAGAAUCAUUGAUCGGUGCGCGCUGUGAUGAAGCCAAAAGCAUUUUAAACAGAGCAAAAUUGAGGAAGGGUGCUUGCUGGGAAAUUGCCUUCAUCAGACCGGGAGACACCCCUUCAGGCUCAUCAUCACUGAUACAGAAUGAUCAGAAGCCAAGGGACAUCAUACCGAGGAUGUCUUCCACUCCACAUACCUCGGGGACCUGUGAGCCUGGUCAGAGUGGACAUAUUAAAGAUUUGCGCUUCUCUCCCUUGGACCAGAGCCUCUCAGACACAUCUGCACCAGUUCCUCAUCAGGGACCCCGCCGGGAAAAGUUGAUUCCCUUCACUCCUGAUGUCCGGCUGAAAGUGGAAGCUCUGGAAAUGGCACUACAUUUUCUUGGAAUAAGCCCAACGGAGGAACAGAAACGUUUAUUAAGAUCACGUGUACAGAUGGAUGCCAAUGGAACCGUGUCAUAUGGAGACUUUGUGCGGGUAAGCAAAGAGAUGUUUAACCUUCAGCUAGAGGACAAAGACUUGGGGCACCUAUUGAAAAUCCACGAAGGCACACGUUUAUUGGACCUGGCCACAAAUCAGGUCCAGUCAUGUGAUCUCUCCGGAAAGGAUGACAUUAACAAAUUGAAGAGAGAAAGAGAUGAGGCACGUGCCCAGUUAAAAACUGUGAAAGAACAACUCUUGGAAUCUGAAAAACAGAAUGGACAGCUUUCUGUGGAGCUUACGAGUGUAAAGCAGGAAGCUAAAGCCGCCGUUGAGGAAACCAGAGCGCUGCGUAGCAGAAUCCACCUGGCUGAAGUGGCACAGAGACAGGCGCGAGGCGUGGAGAUGGACUACGAAGAAGUCAUCCGCCUCUUGGAAGCUGAAAUAACGGAGUUGAAAGGCCAGCUCGGCGAACACUCCGGCCAAAGUAAAGACAACGUGCAGGAUUUGAAGCGCAGGAUCACUGUCCUUGACUGUCAGCUGCGCAAAUCGGAGAUGGCACGCAAAACCUUUGAAGUGUCCACAGAGAAAUUGCUGCAGUUUGUAGAGAAUGUCCACGAGGUCCUCUCCGACGAUCAAGGUUCUACAUUAAAUCUUUGUGAACGAAUCCCCACAUUCUCCACCCAUCUACCAAGACUGGGAAAAUCUAGAUCUGGCAUAACGGCAGCCAUUGCAACAGAAGCUAAAGAACUCUCACGAUCUAUCCGUUCCAUCUCAGAUGUAGACAGCCUCCCUUACGGAUGGGAAGAAGCUUACACAGCAGAUGGUAUCAAGUACUUUAUCAACCAUGUCACAGAAACCACGUCAUGGACUCAUCCCGUGACCAGUGCCUUGAAUCUGACCUAUAUGGACGACAGCGGUGAGGAGAGCCUCAGAGAUCCAACCGAACUGAAGAGCUGUUAAUAUCUGA